UGGGGUGUAGCUGCGAAAAUUUCCUUUGCUGACUCUAAAAACAUGAUGACUCCACUUGCUUUGUCUCUCUUCUUCUUUUUCGGGAUAGCCUCUGGUGCUGUUCCAUUCAAUUAUACUAAUCAGAUUGCUUGGAACAGUCUUUUUGGAUCAUUCUGCAGUGGGGGCAGACAGUCUCCUAUUGAUAUUAUCACUAGGAACGUUCAAGGUGGCAAUUCUACACUGACUCCUCUUCGGAUGACUAACUGGGACACUAGUGUCAAUGGAUAUGUCCUGAACAAUGGCCACACUCUAAAGUUUAGUCCGUCUUCUGCCUCAAGCGAGGCAAGAGUUCAAACUUUCAUUUCUACUUACAAGCUUCUCCAGUUUCACUUUCAUUGGGGACCUAAUAACAUGGUAGGCUCAGAGAACAAAGUUAAUAAUACUUUCUUCAGCGGUGAGCUUCACUUUGUCAAUCAGAACGUCAGUGCUGUGAAUUCGGUGGGCUCCCAGUUCACUGUUGUAGCAGUAUUCCUAACUGCAGAUUCAUCAGUCCAAUACUCUGGCUCUGUAUGGGAAAAGCUUACUGAAUCUAUUCCUGCUUUUAAUGCUACCAGAUCUAUCCAGAGCAUAACGUAUGAGAGCAUGCUCCCAAGCAACUUGAGCUAUUACUACUUCCCUGGCUCAUUGACCACUCCACUUUGUAACGAGAUAGUGGAAUGGUUUGUCCUUCAGAAUCCAGUCUCUGUCCCAAUGGAGUUCUUCAAUAAGCUUCGUACCCUCAAUGAUACCAAUGGUGAUCCACUCACUCUUAACUAUCGUGAUGUCCAGCCACUUAACGGUCGCACUGUCUCCGGUUACACCGUUGAAUCAGUGAGUGGAUCCAUUGGUCUAAUGUCCACUACCACUGCAUUGCUGGCCUUCCUGUUGAUUGCCGUUCUUGCCAACUAUUAGAUAUAGCUCAGUUCAGAUACAGUUCAUCAUGUAUUGUUUCCAAACUGUUAUAGUUUAGUGACUUAAAGUCACACUUUAGAACUUAUUAGAUGUGCUACCUUUUGUCAAAAGUAUUUUUGAUAGCUUGUUUAUGUCUGAAAUUUAGUUAUUAUGUCUAAAAUGUUAAAUAAA